UCUGUUCUGAUGCUUGUGUUAUUCUGUUCUCCAACUAACUGAAGGAAUUAACAUGUCAGCAAUGAUGCCCACAGGACUUAUCCAACUGCCACUGCCACUGUGUCCAGACCCGAUGGACCUGCUCCUCUGAAAGCCACAGUGAAGGCACCGCUGCCGGUCCCUCCUCAGCUGCUCGCAAUUGCCCCAAAGCUCGGGAUAGAAGAGCAGGCGCCAAAUGUGUUGAGACAAAAUUCAUCCCCACAUAAUAUAGCCCCUGUGGAAGCGCAGGGAGACACUGUCCUCGAUGAAGCUCUGACUUGCCCAGUGCCUCCUGUCCCCUUAGCAGCACCACACCAGCCUGCAGCCUCUGUUCCGGGCUAUAGUGAGGAUGUUGCCCACUGGAACUGCUCGCACCAGCAGCAGAUUUGGAUGAAGAUUGAGUUGGACACAUUGGGUCUGUGGCCAGGUUCACGUCCAGUGAGACACCUAAUGAACAUGUUGUCCCUGUGGCGUUAUCCGCCUCAGCCUGAGCUCAUAGACUCAAUCUCUGACCUGCCUUCACCCAAGUACUAUCAGCUUCAUCCAUAUUUUAUUUGGAAGCCAGAGCACGCGAUCAUGGAGAGGGUGAGAAACAACUUUGUCUUGCCCUGUCUCUAUGGUUGUCCGAACCCUCAGGUCGUUUCUUCUGGCAUUGGAAGGCCAAGAGUCAUCCUUGGGACAAGCGGCCAGUACUAUAUUUUAGCUUCGCGACUCACCUGCAAGGUCUGCAAAAAGUACUGGCAUGCUGACAAGCCCCAGUGGCUGGAGAAGCUACCCCAGCGCAUCAGCAACAUCGUGCCGGCCUUCCUGACGCACAAAAAGGCCGUCUGCAAAUCUGUACUGGAUGAGAUGAGGCGCAGCGGCAGAUCCCCAGAGGACAUGUCCAAGCAGCUGACGGAGGCGCUCAAUCUCAAAUAUGAGAGAGCUCACCUGGCCUACCUGCUGUGUGUGCAGAAUGUCAGGGAUGCUGAGGCAGGAGUCUACGGCCAAAGGACCAUCACUGGGUUCCUCAGACAGGAAGAUACUCCGGCUCCAUUUGGUGGAUACUCGGACGGUGAUGGCUGGUGUGGAGUUUCUGUCUCUUCCCACUACCUGGUGGAGUGCCUGGUCCGUGAGUAUCAGCGGCAGGAGGAGCUCCUUACUCUGCUGCUUCAGGGGACCUUUGGACAGGCCCUGAGGUCUGAUCACACUCGCAGAGUGGCUAGGAAGGUUGUGCUGUCGUCUGGCACCAUGUCUUCCUAUGCCAUCAUGAAUGAGAACUGGAUGAUCCUGAGCUGGGUGAUGCUGCAGUCAGAGUGUGAUAGGUCCCUUAACCCGUUGUAUGAGGGUCUGUCUCAACGCUACACUGUGGCUGGAGUGGAGAAGGCACGCUACCAGUGGGUGGACAGGGACUGCUGCGCUGCCUUCAAGGUCCUUCAACCUGGGGCUCAGGAGCACUUGUGGGACAGCUGGAGGACCACAGAUGCUAUCCUGGCAGAGGCCACCUCUGGAAAUCUCAAGAACAUUUGCGCAUCAAGGAACAAGUUUAACAAAGACAUUAUUGUCAAGUUGGACUUGUUUCAUUGUAUGCGGCGGUUUACCAGGGAGUGUGUCUCCGAGCAUCAUUCGUUGUACAGCUCCUUCUGCCAGUUCCUCUCAGCAGCGUUCGUUGUGGUGGACCACAGCGAUCUCCAGAAGCUGAAGGAGGCGUACACGUUCUGCAGAAUUUCUCCUGCUAACCCCACAAAGCAGCACAUAAGAGAGCACUGCAGGACAAAGGUGCCACAGCCAAUGGAACUGCUGCAAAGAGUGGAAGACGUCCUCCAUCACUAUUACAUGGCAAAGGAUGCCAAUGAUUUGCUCCUUUUCAAAGACUCAAUGUUAAAGGUGUGGAGGAUCCAGCGCAUCCACAUCCUCCGAGGCUGCCUGAGCGACCCUGAAGUGGGAGAGGGAAUCCUCUACAGGUAUGGUGGCACCCUGCAGCUGAAUUACAACAAGGGUGAGGGAGCUGCCGUGCCUGUGUGGAUCCCUGUGAGAGGCACCUCUCAGCAGGAGGGUUUCCACGGACACCAAGCCCAAUGGGUGACAGGCAACCGGGUGUCCUGUGAACUAUUCCAGGCCCAAGCUAUGACUGGAGUUGUGCGUUGGAACUACCAGAGGCUGGUGGACCUGAAACAACCAGAUGUGGAGCUGCCAGCCGUGUUUGACCCCCGGUUGAUUUCAGAGCUUAACACCAUCUCUGUAAAAGUGACAGGAAGGUCCAAAUACCCAGCACUGCAGCUCUCCAACAGGGACACGGGGGAGAGAUUUGGACUGCAGUACGUGGAGCCAGGCUGUCGUCCUGUUGUUUUGAACUGGGACAAGAACAGGGCACAGCCAAACAACCCAGCGGCAGUAGCCAUGGAGACAGAGCAUCAUUGCCCUGCCCCUACUGUUGUAGUGGGCACAGACUCUCAGGAAUCCUGUGCUGCUCCAGUUGGGGCAGUGCCAAUUCUGUCUUCCAGUUCCCGGCAGUCCUCUGAUGUUGUGACCAAGUCCCUGCUGCCUUUGACACAAGCCUCUGCCACACAAAAACCAGAGCCUUUGAUAGAUACAGACUUGACAGGGGUAGCACCGCUGCCUCAGUCCUCCUCUCCUCGAGCCACCCGCACUGGACCAAUUAAAACUGGUGGCCUCAUUCAAGUCUUGGACCAUGGUCGGUGGACAGAACCCAUGAAAGCUGCCAUCGACGAGCUUCUGGUAAACCACCGUGGUGCCAAAGAUGUCCUGAAGCGGGUGGAUGCGGACUACGCUGCCAUGGUCCAGAGGGGAUGCACAGACCGGAACAGCCUCCUUCACCCGACCACAGUCCAACAUAUCUCACGAUAUGUGAAACAUCUGGCAAAAUUAAAAAACACCAGCUCUUCCCUCAACACAUCCCCAGAAAAGAUCUUAGAGACACAGCAGCUGUGGCAUAGUUUGACCUCAGGUAGCCAAACUAUCAGUGUGCCUGUCAUAACUCUGCCACCUGCCAUAUGCAACCCUCCAGCUGUGGCUCCCAGACAGGAGGACUCACUGAGCAGGGCUUCAGUGGAGAAGAUUGUGUCAGACGUCCUGGCAAAACAACAGCAGCAGCAUCAGCAGCAGCAGCAGCAACAACAGCCUCAGAAAAAGACGCUGAUGAGAAACUGUUUAGCCUGCGGUCAGCCUAAAUCCAGAUAUCUUGGGGAUGGCUCUUCAGUUCAUUUUUUUUACCAGUCAAAAACGGUAAAAUACUUUUACUGCUCCACCAAGGUCUUUCAGACCUAUGCUAAAGAAGGCCUCAAAGACACCAGGAUGUCUUUUGAGAACUUUGCUGCAACUGCGUUUUUUGAGCGAGAGCUGGAGGCUGCCAGACAGAGGGGGGCAGAGUGGAGAAAGGUUGCAGAGGAGAGAGGGAAGAGGAAGGCAGCUGUGCAGCUGCCAACAGGCCGUCUCUGCAGGAUUUGUCACCAACCCCUGAAGCAGGGUCCCAACAGCCCUCAUAUCCAUGCAUACUUCCCAGGGGUUUCAGGGAACUACAUCUACUGCCCCUCCAGAGUCUUCUCCUUAUAUAAUGCACAGGGCAUGGAGAAGGAGAUGACGUGGCCGGACUUCCAGCAGUCGGACUUCUAUGAUGCUGAAAGGGACAGAUGGAUUGCAGACAAAAGGAAGCCCUAACCUACCCUCACAUACACACAUGCACACGCCACUUCCUGGGUCUACUAAGUUGCAUACUAACAUACAAACUAAGACGUUUUGCCUGCAACACAAACGAGACCCCUAAACUAUCAGCCUUUUCACCAGUCCUGCCAAUCCUGCCAAUAACAAAACAGUUUUGGUUAAUGCCCUCAAAAUCUGAUUGUUCUCUCUGUAUUGUGUUUUCAGUGUUUUUUAUAUAUUUGUUGUUCUAUUUUUAAUAUUUCUGUUUUUGAAUAAAUGAUCUUGAAUGCA